AUGGACAACCUCCCGGAAGACCCAUAUGACAUCCUUGGUAUAGAUGAAGACGCAACGCAGACGGAGAUCAAGAAAAGCUAUCGAACAUUGCUGUUGAAAAUUCAUCCUGACAGAUCGCCCGACCCAAUCGAGAGAGUCAAAAGACGGCCUGAGUUUGAACGAGUGCAAUGGGCGUACGAAAUACUAUCAGACGAGGAUGCAAGGCGAAAAUACGAUCGCAUGGCGAGAGCGGAGGAGCUGAGAGAGCAAUCGAUGAAACGAUCCAAGCCCGAAAAUACUUCUAGAUACUUCGAAUCUAUCAGCGCAAACACUCCGCCUUGGAAUACAACUCUUCCGGUAAGAGGAUCUCUGUCAGACCGAGUGUAUAGUAUUGCAUUCGAUAGCGACAAACGUCGGAUUGAGAAAGACAUCAACGAGCGCAAUGAAAGAGCCCGCAAAUAUCUCACUGAAAAUGUAGGAAAUGAUGCGCCUUGGGAGAAACAACAGGAGGGUCCAGGGCAGACCCGGGUAGACAGGCUGAAAACCCUGACCACGGAAAAGGACAAGAAGCUCUCUUCAGUGCCAGCCACCCAGCUUGGACUGAGGGUGAUGAAUCCAGGAUUGGUCGAUGCUGCAGUAGACAUUGUCGCAGUACAUGGGCUAGGCGCCAUACCAGAGAUCACAUGGAAAGACAGCAAGUCAGGAGUCAACUGGCUUUCCGAUCCUCAAAUGCUGCCAAGCUUGACACCAGAGGCUCGGAUACUUCGGUUCGGAUACGAUUCUCUCUGGCUCGGGAAAGAAGCUAUUCGGACAAGACUGCCAACAAUCGCGGACAAGCUUCUUCUCGUUCUGGCACGGGAACGAGAAGAAGACCCAAUGCGACCUCUGAUUUUCAUCGGACAUUGUUUUGGAGGACUAGUGAUACAAAGGGCGCUCAUCACAGCGAAGUUAUAUCCUGAAUCGGAAAUCGAAGAAGCCAUCCUCAGCUCAGCAGUUGGAGCCGUCUUCCUAGGUACGCCGCACCGGGGAACUGGGGCUUUCAGCUCCCAAAGCGCUUUGCUCGCAGCCAUCGCAGCACAGUCUGAACUUUAUCCUUCAAUGGAAGCCGGCGUGCUGGACGCGAUGAAAGCUGAGCGAGGCGAGCUGCUGGACGUGUCCGAGGACUUCCUCAAACUCUCUGCUCGGGCAAAGAUGCGUAUCACCUGCUUCUUCGAACAGAGGGAGUCCAACCUCGGCAAGAUGAUAGGCCGAGAUGACAUAAAGCAAUUCGUUGUUGAUGAGACUUCAGCGAAAUUGGGGGCGAAUCGGGCAAUCGGCCUUGCCACUGAUCAUUUCCGACUUAAUAAAUUUGCUGCCCCUGAGGAUGGAAACUACCUCGACGUGGCAGGAGAAGUAGCUCGAUUUUAUACGGCGGCAUUGAAACUGGCGGACGACAGACGUUCUAGCAGAAGAAAGUCGUCAGGAGACCUUGAACAAUAUCGGCGGCUUGUAGCGAAGCAAGAAUUGAAACUCGAGGAGGCAGCGAAAGAGGCAGCCCUGAAGGAAGAAGAGUUCGAAAAAAAAUUUCAAGAGAAACUUGCUAGCGAGUUGAAUUCGCUUUCACUCAAGGAGGACGUGACAAAGAGAAAGGAGCACGUGGAACGCUUGAAGAGGAACAUGAGGAGAUACGGCCUGGGCAAACAUACCGUCCGCAAAAUUUUCCAGGAUAAUCCACCUCCCAGUAUUGAGAGCAUUUCUCAAGAUGAAGUUGAGGAGAGUGACCAAUGGUACCAAAAUUCGCUAAAAGGAUCACUCUUGGAGGCGGGGCUGGAGGAAGGCGAGGUUGACGCAAUAAUCCAUGACACAGGCGAGACGAUGGUCAUUGAGGGCGUGCGGACGAGUAUCACCAGGAUGUCAGACAGGUGGCUCAGCGAGCGAACGCUUCGGCGAUACGACAUUCCUUAUAUGCGAGAUCUUGUAAGAAUUGAAGUGGAAAAGACAAAACGUGGAGUCAUCUCGACUCUCUGGUACAGUCGAAGCCUCGAAAAGUCCUUUUUCCCCACCUUUUCGAAGAAACCAAAGUUCCGAGUCAAUACGAUCCAACACAGACAGAGAGUCAAUCCUUCGCCGACGGCGUGCAAGUGCGGAGUCGAUCCUGUCACCGCCUAG